AUGCUUACUCCGUUCUUCACGAUAUCUCAAAAUGAUGAGUUUGUGUUUAUCGAGGUGAAGAUCACACACGUGCGGUUUAAUUCCACGACGAUAGAGAUGACGGUAGAUGGUCCGGUGUUCAUUUUCUCUCUUCUGCCGUACUACUUGCGUUUGCGGCUUCCUCACAACUGUGUGGAUGAUGAGCGGUCGCACGCCGAGUUCGACGCCAAAAACGAUUGUGUCAACAUUAAGAUCCCCAAAGAGACAAAAGGGCAGGAUUUCCCGGACCUUGAUCUCACAGCCAAGCUUUUGGCCCGCACGAACGAGCUUGUGUCGCUGGAAAACAUAUCUUCCAAGUCAUUGAUUGAAGAGAUGGAUGUGGACAACUCCAUUACCACCAAAGCUGCCCUCGCGGAGGGCGAGAAGUUCGACUGGGAAGUGUCUCAGCAGGCUCCAGAGUCUCUGGUAGUCUCACCCGCCAACAUGUACGGAUUCAACAACCAGUACAGCAAUAUUAUAGGAGUUUCGAUGUCGAAUGGAAACGAUAUCAACGAGCUUGCGAAUCCUGAAAACACUCCAGAAUCACAGCGUAUCAUGGAGCGGUUGAUCAAAGAAAACAUCAAAUUCGAUCCCGAGUACUACGCAGCCGACUUUAUGAUGAGCCAGGACGUUCAACAAGAUGAAAAGGAUUUUAAGUCGUUAAUGGAAUGGAAGAACCCAGUAUCGCUGAGGUUCUUGAAGUGGUACAAGGCACAACAAGCAAAACCCAAAGAAGCCCAAGAGUCGGUUAUGGGGGUCGAGUUCUCGAAGGAACAACAACAGAAGAUGCUUGAUCUUCCGAAAAAAACCUAUUUGAUUUCAAGCUCGUACAAGCCCGAACUUUACUUGUUGAUAGUUUCGCUUUUGUUUGCAUACCACUUCGACUUACGUGAGACCGAAGGAGACCAUAACAUUGAGAGUGCGUGGACCAUCGGUAAGAUAGUGCCCCAGUUUGGUGCUUUAGACUCUAAAAUUGUUGUAGGUGACUCGGACACCCCGAUAAGAGCAACUAUUAUAACAUGUAUUCGUCGGAGUCUCUGUUUCCCGCUCCAUCGCAACUACGACCUUACGAUGAAAGUCUGGAACGAUGUGUACUACAAUCUUCGUGGAGGCAAACGGCUUGUGGUUGAAAGCUUGUUAGAUUUAAAAGAACUCUUUAGAUUCCACGAUGUUUAUUAUGUUUAUGAUCAUAUUUGGCUCAAGGACUUGGUUGCAUGGAUACUCAGGGACGAGGUUACAGAGAUGUCGUUGAGGUACUUGGCCCACGAUGUGAAAAGAGAGAUGGAAAAGGUGGAUAAGUCUGUUAUCACCUUUGAAAAGGUUGAUCCUGAGUUCCAAGAACCAGACAGCGACGACGAGGAAGAGACCAAUGAAGACGACGAGAUGAUUACGCUCAGCGUGGCAGAGAUCGAGGUGAUGUCCCGAGAAUGA